AUGUCUGCCCCCCCGUCCGCUCCCCCGCUCUCCUACAUCGCUACCCCCGACACCAUCACCCUCGGCUCCCUCUUCACCAACCCCCAAAACCUCCACCAAAACCUGCACGACUCCUUCCCCACGCGCACCGACCUGCCCACCCCCAUCGUCAUCAAGCCCUUCGGCAUCUACAAGACCUCCUCCACGCUCACCAAGACCUCCAAGCUCCGCUCCGCCCUCACCGACAUCCUCGCCCUCGCCGCCACCUCCUCCAACACCUCCGCCAGCGAGCUCUCCGCCCCCGAGAGCGAGCUCCACACGAUCCUCAACCACUCCGCAUGGCUCGCCGCGCAGUGCCGCAGCAACGACACCCGCAGGUGGAUCCAGGAGCAGUGGGCCGGCAGCAGCGACAUCUACCUCAUCGUCGGGCUGCUGGUGCUCAACAACGCCAAGCUCGUCGUGCAGAGCGGCGUGACGACGGACGGGCUGCGGCAGGCGCAGAUGUCGUUUCCGGCGGGGUUUGCGUUGGCGUGGGCGGGGGUGGGGCCGGUAGGGGGCGCGUCGCUGGUGAAGCGGGUGAGCAAGAGUGUGGAGGGGGAGUUUGAGGCGCCGGGGAGGAGCGUGUUUGGCGUGUGGUAUUGGAAGGUGAGGGUGGGGUGGUUGAGGAGUAGGGAGGUAGAGAGCAGUAGGUUGGCGGCGAGUACGACGUGGAGGCCGUUGUGGCAUUGGAGGGGGACGGAGCAGAUGGCCCCCUGUUUAUCCAUGAUCCUCUACCAGCGAUGGGCACAAUACAAAACAAGACGAUGCUUGCUGAUAUUUCGUCUAUUCUCGUAA